ACAUUGAAAUGUUGACAAUUUCGUUUUCACUUGUUAAUUAAUUUAUAUGUGUUUAUAAAAAUUGUGUCAAAUGAUUAUUUUUCAUACGUAUCAAAAAAUAUAAUCCGUUUCAUUGAUUAAUUCAAAGUGAUUGAAUAUAAUUAAACAUCAAAAUGGAUCAUUUAGCACAAGAUUUGAGUGUUGCACUAGAAGAAUCUGAAUCUUGUGGACCAGCUACAAUGCAAGUGGCGGCUAGGCGAUGGGGAAUGAGACGACGUACUCGUUCAACAGGCAAUUUACAUUUGUGUCUUGACAAGUAUUUAGAAAAUAAAUCAGAUGAUAGCAGUAGUGGGGAAAUGGAUAAUCGUGGUAUUGAAAUAUUUCGUAAAGAAUAUAUUUCAAAUGUUCGUCAUUCUGAUUCUGAUGAUAUGUCACUCAUACCGUCAAAUUUGUGUCCUAAUAAAUCGACGAGUAAUUCAAUCAUGCGAGAUCACGUACAAUCGAUUUUGACAUUACAACGUCAUAAUGCCCGCCCAAGUAUUCGUCGCAAACGAAAAUUGAAAAGAAUGUGUGUUGAUGAAGUACCCGUUCUACCGAGUGGUAAACGCAAACGCCCACAACGUAUUGAACCGAUGAUAACAAGCAUAUCGAAUGGCAAUAUUUACCCAAAAAUAAAACCCCUGAAUCAAAGUAUUGUUGAUAAAAUUGAAAAAAUUCGAAUGGAGAAUGCAUGCUUAACAACAACUGCUGGCAGUUUUUCAACAAGUCCCAUGGAAUCAUCCUUUCUGGAUUUAAACGUGUGCGAUGCUGCGAGUGAAUCUAGUCUUAGUUGGAGUGGUGACGAAGGACACGAAGGUGAUGACGAGUUAACUGAUUGGACCCCACAACCGGACCCAAUACCAAAUACAACAAACGAGCUAUGGAAUUUAGAGGCAACGGAUUCAAGAGAGAUAAGAGCGGGCUGUAGACGUUUAUAUAACGAAAGACCUGGAUUUAGUAUUACAUCCGGUGCAAAUGAACGAAUAGCCAGAUUUAUGCAAGACGGUGGUCGUACUGAAUUACGAUUAUUUGAAGGUGAACGUGAUGCAUUGGCACAACUCGCGAAUUUGUAUUCGUUGGAUUGGUGGGAAGAGGGACAUAGUGUUGUUUUGAAAAAGACAGGCCGUACACCGUGUAUGCAACCACCACAGCGUCAUCAUACAGGACUCUCAACGGGUCAUAAACGAAUUCGUACUCAUGAAACACGACCACUUUGAUUAUGUUAUUUUUCUCAAAGAAUUUGAUUCUGUUUGUGAAGUAUGAUGAUCGAUUUAUUUUUGUGCAAAGACGUUUUCGAAAACUUACAUCUUUAUGUGACGGUUAUUUCUUUGGAUAUUUUCAAACGUUUAAUUUAUUUUAUCCAUUGAACACAUUCAAAUAAUUGUUAGCACUGGGUAUGGUGAAACAGUUUUUUUUUUUUUUGAAUUCGUAAGUAAUUGAUGACUUAAAAUGCCUUCUUAAUAAUUCCAUAUCUUCUUUUUAAUUUUAAGGAAUAACUUAAUAAAAGAAUAUACAUAUUCAAAUCUAAAAAUUUUUAUUUUUUCAAUGGUCGAAUUUUAAUAGUAGGUUAGGCUAGGCUAGAGUGGCUGUCCUGGGGUGGGACACAUUUAGACCAUAGGGUCCGUUGUGAUACCGUAAAUGGGUUGGCCCAUCCCCGGCCACUACUCCAUGAACCAUUUGGAGCUGUUUAAGAACAGCAGGAGGGUUUUGACGUCAAAUUUUAAUAGUAAAAUUAACUUGAAAAAAUCAAAAAGGUUGAGUGUGUAUAUUUAUGUGGUACUCGUGUCUUUUUGUUAAUUUCCUAGCAUAAGGAAGUUCUUGUAAUCGGUCCGAAAAUUCAAAUCGAUAUUUUCAACAUAUCUUUACGUUUCAUGGUCAGGGCAUUGUAUUAACACCAUCGAAUACCAAAGGAUAUUGUGUAUUAUUUAAAACUUUUUUGGAAGAUCUGUUUAAUUUUUUUUUUUAAAUCCCAGAUAUUAUUGUUUAAUAUUUUAUUCAUUAUUGAAAAAAAAAAAAACAAAAAGAAAUCGAUAAUAAAACACUACCAAUAUUUCCUGAAACACUAAGAUAUUGAUAUUUAAAAUUUAUUAAAUCAAGUUCUAUAUUAUCGAAAAUUAUAAAGUAAUGGUAUUUAUAUCGGCUGAAUUUGACCGAAAUCAGCGCUCGUGGAUUGACAUGAGUGCUAUAUUUGGCAGUAAUGAGUGCUAUACUAAACAUAAAUGUUUUACUUGGUUGUUCAAAAUGAUCAGGAGUGCUUUACUUGGAAGCUCUUAAUGAACAAUUAUGAUUGAUGCAACCAAAUCACUUGCCACGAUAAAGGUAUAUCAAUUUUUUGCGCACAUGUUUUAUGGAAAGAUUAGGGAUAAUUUGGAUAUCAAAAAAUGAGUGUAAUUUUAAUUAACAUCAA